AUGGUCCUAGCCACUUCAGACCACAAACUCAUCCGCAACUGCAUUGCACGCUACUGCAUCGGCAUCGAUCUCAGAGACUGGGAUAUCUUCUCAAACGCCUUCCUGGACAGCGCCAAGGCAUACUUCCCCGAGCCCGUCGGUGCCAUCGAAGGGAUCACAGCACUCAAGGCCACACUCAUCGAACUUACGGGCGAAAAACCAGCCGAAGUCACGACUUAUUGCGGGGCCGACCUUUUCGGCGUGGGCAAGGACGAAGGUAAAUGUGUAUCUAAUUGGGGCAUGUAUCAGGACAAGCUUGUCAAGGUCUUUUUUGGCGGUCGGGAAGAUUGGAAGAUCACGGAGCGCAAGGUAAUUUCUCAGGCGCCAUUCAGUGGUGAUAUGUCUUUGAUUCUGAAGUAG